AUGACAUCCCCAACCCCCACGACAACUCCCAGAAUCAUCGAGCUGGCUGCCCAGAUCAGCACCUCAGUCACCCAACUGCAAGAACAUCUCUCAGCUCAAAACCUACCAACCCCAUCAUUCGCUGAGGAAGGUCCUAAUGCCUUCCCACCCGAAGUAUCCCAUUUAAAAAACACCCUCUUAGAUGCAACAGCCUCGCUCCACGAGCUACUCCUAGAACCCCUAUCCCUACUCUUCAAAUUCGCCGCUGUAAGCAUACCCCCCACCCCAAGACUUGCCUUACCAUAACCACUUUAACAAAUCCAGAUCUCCAAUCUAGUAAGCAUCGGCGCAAUCAACCGUUACAAAAUCCCCGAUAUGAUCUCCACCGGUGGCCAGCUCUCCUUCAGUGAAAUUUCUCAAAAAAAAGGUCUAGAGAAAGGAUCUAUCAGACGCCUCCUUAGACAUGUAAUGAGUAUGCGGAUCCUGACUGAACCUGAGCCGCAAAUGGUAGCACAUACUCGGAUCUCGAAAUUCAUGACGGUUCCGGAUAUCGGGAGCUGGGUUGAGUUUGAGAGUAGGGAGACUUGGCCUGCUACUCCUAGAGUAAUUGGAAAAGAAUGGAUAGGAGUGAACUGACUUACGUACUUCGUCCUAGAUUGUAGAUGCGAUUCAGAAAUGGCCGAAUUCACAGGAAGCUAGCGAGACUGUAGGUAUUUCCCUAUCCUACUGUCUCCUACACAAAUAUAUAUCUCCAUAUCAUUUGGACCGUCCCAAUUCUUGAUGUCCAGACUACCGCCCGUACUAAUACACACAGGCUUUCAUCCUUGCCAACAAUGGCCUCUCAAUCCCACAAAUCCUCACCACAGACCCCUCACGAGCCCAGCGUUUCGCAUCCGGAAUACAAGCCAUCAACCACGUCCCGGGCUACUCCCUCAUCGACAUCCCCACAAUCUACGAUUGGGCAUCUCUAGGCGACGUGACCAUCAUCCAUAUCGCCGGAUCCAGGGGCCAAGCCGCCAUCGAGCUAGCGAGGAAAUUUAAAACCCUCAAAUUCCUCGUUCAAGACUCCGCGAAUAUGAUUCAAGGCGCAGAAUCAGGUGUUCCGGAGGAGCUAAAAGGACGGAUCGAGUUUAUGGCUCACGACAUCUUUGCACCGCAGACGAUCAAGGUACCGAUCUAUUUCUUCCGCAUGGCUUUUCGUGGGUUGAGCGAUAAACACGCCGUCCAACUUUUGAGAGCGCAGAUUCCGGUUCUUGACCGUGGGACGAAGAUCCUUGUUCAGGAUUUAUGUAUGCUAGAGCGCGACAGUAUCCCCUUGUGGCGAGAUAGAAUUUCACGGUACGUGACAUAGCUAAGUAUCCUUGCAAUUCAGAAAAAUAAGAGAAUAAGAAAAUUAGUGGAAACUCGUACUAAUAGGAACCUUUUCAGAUCCGCAGAUCUAGCUUUGCAAUGA